AUGUUUCACCAAAGGAAAAAAGAAAGUUUUAAAGUUGACAAACACAUUGUUAGUGCCCCUGCGAUUUCCAAGGGCUUAACAAAAUAUAAAACACUUGAUCAUAUCAAUAGUUACCCGCUAGUACAACAAACUAAGGAAGCACUAGGCACUUUAGCAGUAACAAAAAUAUUUGUUGCUAAUAUAAACCCCAUUAUCUCGUCUAAAGCUGUUCACAAAACUUUGGUUGUGAUAGACCCAAUUACAAAAACAGUUGACACUUUAAGUGACAAAACAUUAGUAACAUUGGAAAAAAUAAUUCCCUCUUUAAAAACUAAAACCUAUCAAAAGUUAGGUGAUGAAGUCAUGGCCCCUUGUAAAUUUAUUACCGGUACUUCUAGUAAAGUUACCAUUGAAGUUUUAGAUUUCACUGAAACUAAAGUGUAUGAACCUUGUAAUAGACAAGUUUUAAAAUUUAGACACUUUUACAACGAAAAAGUGUACGAUACACAUGGUAGACCACUAGUAAGGGGUGCUUUGGAUCCAAUUGUUGCCCCAUGCAACAAGAACUUAGAAAGAUUGACCAAAAAUUACUUACCAAAGGGCAAAGAAGUCCCAACUGAUGGUUUUACAAAUGAACUAACGAGAUCGGCUUUUUUGAUUUUCAAUAUUUUUGAAAGACUGCUGCCUGUUGUUGGAAAAAAAGUUCAAGACAUCGUUGUUGCUCCAUGCAAGUACACUCUGCACGUCAAUGAUGUUUUUAAUAAAAAUUUAGAAAAGCAGCUGAGUUUAUCUAUUGUUGAUUCCUUUAAAGCCACUAAAUGCACCGUGAUUGAUUUGGAAAAGGAGUGCAUCCAGUUAAUGAAAGAAAAAAACCCACUAAAAAAGCCCAAGAGUGAACGUGGGAUAGUUGUUAAUUAG